AUUUUGUCGAUAACUCCGCUGUCACACUAGUCACAUUACUCGUGCAAAAUUUAAGAAAAUAAUUAUUUUUUUUCCAUAUUCUCUUGGAAUCAAAUCCAUUCCAUCAAAAUGGUGAAGACAGGAAAUCCCCUAAAUUUGAUACGCGGCAUUUACAAUAACGAGUUCCAAUGGAUGCUGGUGAAGAGCUAUGCCCUCUUCUUUUUGGGUGUCCGUGUGGCCAAGGAGCUUGUGGGCCUGGAACUGAUGCCCGCCGUGGGACCAGCGUAGACGCAAACACGAAACACACAAAACCAAACAUAUAUGGCAGUUAAAGUUAACUAGUUUAAUAAAAGGCGGAUAGAACGACUAUGUA